AUGGAAUAUGGGAGAAGGGGAUGGAAUCUGGAAGAAGGGGAUGGAAUCUGGGAGAAGGGGAUUGAAUCAGGGAGAAGGGGAUGGAAUCUGGGAGAAGGGGGUGGAAUCUGGGAGAAGGGGGUGGAAUCUGGGAGAAGGGGAUGGAAUCUGGGAGAAGGGGAUGGAAUCUGGGAGAAGGGGAUGGAAUCUGGGAGAAGGGGAUGGAAUAUGGAAGAAGGGGAUGGAAUCUGGGAGAACGGGAUAGAAUCUAGGAGAAGGGGAUGGAAUCUCGGAGAAGGGGAUAGAAUCCGGGAGAAGGGGAUAGAAUCUGGGAGAAGGGGAUGGAAUCAGGGAGAAGGGGAUGGAAUCUGGGAGAAGGGGAUGGAAUCUGGGAGAAGGGGAUGGAAUCUGGGAGAAGGGGAUAGAAUCUCGGAGAAGGGGAUAGAAUCUGGGAGAAGGGGAUGGAAUCUAGGAGAAGGGGAUGGAAUCAGGGAGAAGGGGAUGGAAUCUGAGAGAAGGGAUGGAAUCUGGGAGAAGGGGGUGGAAUCUGGGAGAAGGGGAUGGAAUCUGGGAGAAGGGGAGAAGGGGAUGGAAUCUGGGAGAAGGGGGUGGAAUCUGGGAGAAGGGGGUGGAAUCUGGGAGAAGGGGAUGGAAUCUGGAAGAAGGGGAUGGAAUCUGGGAGAAGGGGAUGGAAUCUUGGAGAAGGGGAUGGAAUCUGGGAGAAGGGGAUGGAAUCUGGGAGAAGGGGAUGGAAUCUGGGAGAAGGGGAUGGAAUCUGGGAGAAGGGGAUGGAAUCUGAAAGAAGGGGAUGGAAUCUGGGAGAAGGGGAUGGAAUCUGGGAGAAGGGGAUGGAAUCUAGGAGAAGGGGAUGGAAUCAGGAAGAAGGGGAUGGAAUCUGGGAGAAGGGGGUGGAAUCAGGGAGAAGGGGAUGAAAUCUGGGAGAAGGGGAUGGAAUCUAGGAGAAGGGGAUGGAAUCAGGGAGAAGGGGAUGGAAUCUGGGAGAAGGGGAUGGAAUCUGGGAGAAGGGGAUGGAAUCUGGGAGAAGGGGAUGGAAUCUAG